UCUCUCUCUCUUUCUCUGCCAUGACGUAACUUGGAUUUAAAGCUCUCCGUACGCGUCUGUGGUCGGUCCCCUCUCGUCCUCCUCCUCCUCCUCCUCCUUCUCCUCACAUUCAUCUUCCUCGCCGAGCUGAACAUCAGCCAAUGCUUCACACCACCCCGGCCCUGGGUGUCUGUCCCAUGCGUGGGAAGCAUAACAAAAUCAAGGGCUUCACCUGAGAGGGUUUAAGGGAGCGAGAAAAGGGGGCAUCCGUUGCUUUCUUUUGCUUUUUCUGUUUUACCUUCGACGAGGGGCUCCAAUUUCAACGAAAAUCUCAGCUCAUUCAGUUUUGUCACGGAGGACAAAGAAAAGACAACGUGGAGAUAUGAACGAGUCGCUGCUGGUGAAUGACUCCUCUGCGAGUCCUGUGGCUGGAGAAGCUCUCCAAUGGAUGGAGGCUGAUUCUCCAGAGCUCAACAGCAGCCUGGAGUUCUCCACUGCCCCACUAGACUUCCCUAUCAACCCAUGGGACAUUAUGCUCUGCAUGUCAGGCACUGUCAUCGCCUGCGAAAAUGCCAUAGUGGUAGCAAUCAUCUUCUACACGCCAACACUAAGGACUCCCAUGUUUGUGCUGAUUGGGAGCCUGGCCACAGCAGAUCUGCUGGCCGGCAUGGGAUUAAUCCUGAACUUUGUGUUUCAAUAUGUGAUCUCUUCUGAGACUAUCAGCCUUAUCACCGUAGGCUUCCUGGUAGCCUCUUUCACAGCAUCCAUCAGCAGCCUUUUGGCUAUAACAGUGGACCGUUACUUCUCUCUCUACAACGCCCUGACAUACUUCUCAGAGAAGACGCUGCAGUAUGUGCACCUGAUGUUACUGGGGACGUGGGGGGUGUCUCUGUUCCUGGGCUUGCUGCCGGUGCUCGGCUGGAACUGCCUGGAUGAACCAGCCUCCUGCAGCAUCGUCCGCCCUUUGACCCGGAGCAAUGUCACACUCCUGGCCACCUCCUUCUUCAUCAUCUUCGUGCUCAUGCUGACCCUCUACUUCAAGAUUUGCAAGAUUGUGUGCCACCACGCCCACCAGAUUGCCCUCCAGCAACACUUCUUUGCCACGUCGCAUUAUAUCGCCACCAAGAAGGGGGUCUCCACUUUGGCCAUCAUCUUGGGGACAUUUGGUGCCAGCUGGCUUCCCUUCGCCAUCUACUGCUUGGUGGGCGAACGGGAGUAUCCAUCGGUGUACACCUAUGCUACACUGCUGCCAGCCACCUACAACUCCAUGAUCAACCCUAUUAUCUACGCCUACAGAAACGCAGAGAUCCAGCGCUCCAUCUAUAUGCUUCUCUGUGGCUGCUUUCAGGCCAACGGGGCCUAUCGGUCCAGGUCACCAAGUGAGGUCUAAAGGUGCUAGGGCUCUUUGUGUAUGAGAGAGUGUGUGUGUGUGUGAGUGUUAGUGUGUGAGAAGAGAGAGAGAGCAAAAGACAAACCAUCCUGUGACCAUCGACAAUCUGCUUUCAGUUGACAGUGAAUGCUUUACUAACACAAAUGGGGUGUGAUGCUAGAAAUGUGUCUCUCAUGCAUACUGUAUCUGCACUUUAUUAUGUCUCAACACAAGUUAGGAUGAGAUUUUGGAAAUGCUGUGAACAAGAAUCUUCUGUGAAAAAAACAAACCUGUGAAUGUACUUAAAUGAGAAAAGGAAUGGAAAAUCUUGCACUUUACUCAAUGUUUUUUGAAAUGCCAAAGCAGUAUUGUAUAGCCCUUCUUGUGUUUAAACGUUUGAACUUGUGAGUGCCGUGUGCCAUUUUCUAUUUUGUAUUGUAUUGUCUUUGAUGUACAUUUUCUA